CGUAGAUACCAACACGAAACGGCGCCGAUAGACGAUUAUUUGAUUGUAGUAGGCGUUUGGUAGCAGCGAAGUGAAAAAUCCGCUCCGCCGAACCAUGGAUGAAACGAAUAGGAAUAGUGCGAAGCUAGAUAUUGAAGCGGCCAGACUACAGUCUGCCGCAGCGGACAAAGGCAAACAGGAACACGAUUCCAAGGAAUCGUACAAGAAGCUCUCCGAGUCGGAACUCGAACAGCCAACAACAGCAGCAGCACCACCAUCGACGGGACAAGUACCAGUCGCAGCUAAUCCGGACGGGAACGGUUCCACAAUGGUGCGCGAAAACGGCAACUGCAAGGAGGGUGAAGAUGAGCGAAUGCUCAACGGAGGCGGCGGCGAUGCCGAGAAGGAGAAGCUGACCCUGAAGGAAGUGGAGGUGAAAUUUGUGCCGGAGAAGAAUGGCGACGCCCGGAUCGAUAUGGAACUGGACGUUCAGCAAACCUUCUCCGGAAUGACCAAGGAAGAGCUGAUGAAGUUCGCCAACGAUCCGUUCUGGGUGCGGCUCCGCUGGUUACUGUUCGCAUUGUUCUGGGGCCUUUGGGUUGCCAUGCUGGUCGGUGCCAUCUAUAUCAUCAUGGAUGCUCCCAAGUGUGCAGCUCCGGUGCCGCUGACCUGGUACCAGGAGGGACCGCUGGUGACCAUCGACGAGCGCAACUACAAGACCCACGCGGACACGUUCCAAAUGUUCGGUGCCAAGGGUGUAAUCUACGAGCUGCCGGCCGAUGAAACCUAUCUCGUGGACACGGCCUCGGUGGAGAACAAGAUCAAGGAGCUGGUCCGAACAUUCAAUGCCAAAGACAUCAAGGUCAUCCUCGAUCUCACGCCCAACUUCGUCACCAAGGACGACCAACUGUUCAAGGAUGCUCUGGAGGGCGCCGAUCCCGCUUUGCGGUCCGCCUUUGUCUGGAAGCAGGCCGGAUCUGCUCCAACGAACUGGCUCGCCCUGGAAGGUGGUUCCGCCUGGAAGGAAGUCACCUCACAACAAUUCGUGCUGGCCCAGUUCGGACCCGAUCGUUUCGACCUGCAGCUGAACGACCCGCUGGCAAAGGAAAAGCUGAAGAGCACUCUGCGCCAUCUUGCCCAGCUGGGAGUCCGCGGUUUCCGCCUGGUCAACGCCAAGCACUUCAUCAUCGAUCGCGAUGGAAAGGAUGACGUCAACGCCGAAGUCGAUGACAAGAGCCUGGAGCAUACGCAUUACGGUUUCUGGACGCACUCGCACACCACCUACCAGGAUGGGUUGGGAGCCCUGCUGCAGGAACUCGUCUCUGAAGUAAGGAACGCUACGGACGGUGAAGGUUUCCUCUCCGUUAGCGACGACAUCGUCCGCCCGGAGGUGUUCACCAUUGGUGAGAACAGUCUGGGAAUGGACUUGCCAUUGUACGGAGACCUCGAGAAUGUCAUGCGGCAACCGAUCGAACCGAAUUCCACCAUUAUAAUCCGGAAUGACAUCACCAAGACGUACGACGAAAUCCAAAAGUACAACUCCCCAACCGGCGGUAAGUCGUGGAUCCAGUGGCCCUACAAUAACGGCUCGCUAGUCAACUUUGAAGCUUCGGUGUACAACAUCUUUAUGUUCCUGCUUCCGGGCGUUCCGGUUGUUCCACUCGACGUUCUCAACUACGGAAACUCGAGCCACUCAGUGAUCGAACACCUGGAGCAGUUCCGUGCUACUCCAUCCUACCAGCAUGGAACGUUCGGCAUUUCCACUGAUGCCAACGGAACCUCCAUUGCUUACACUCGGCAAAAAUCCGGCAAUCCGGGCUACUUUGUCGUGCUGAACCUGGUCGACCAGGCCGUCGAGGCGGACUUUAGCGGCGUCGAAGGCAUUCCUGAAGAGCUGACGGUCGCCCUCACCAGUGAGAACUACCAGGUGGCGGACAUUGCGGCUAAGAGCAAAAUACCGUCCAAGGCGGUACCGCUGUCCGCUCGAUCGGCCCUCGUUGCCACCUACGUUCCGAAGUAAAUGCAUUUAAUCUCAUAUCAAUAAGUACAUGAAUUUCCCCUGUUUGUCGUGAAAAGACAAUAAAUUAUCAUUAUGUAGUAGCUGUUUGUGUGCUUGUGCACACAGAGGCUGAAAACAAGUGGGUGACAUUAGAACAAAACUAGCUUCGCAUUGAAACGUUAAAUGAGAAUUAAUUGAAUAUGUGUAGUUCAAUAAACGAACCCGAUUAAUC